ACUGGAGUUUGUUCAGAUCGUCAUCAUCAUCGUGGUGAUGACGGUGAUGGUGGUGGUGAUCAUCUGCCUGCUCAACCACUACAAGCUCUCCACCUGGUCCUUCAUAACACGGCAGAGCCAGGCCCGCAGACACGACCAUGCGCUGCAGCAGGACGGAUGUUUGUGGCCUUCAGAAAGUGUCUCUCGACAAGGUGCCUCAGAGGUAUUAUAUGCUCCCCAGGCCAGGGAUCGCUUCACCGCUCCCUCCUUCAUGCAACGUGACCGCUUCAGCCGCUUCCAGCCCACCUAUCCCUACAUGCAGCACCAGAUCGACCUGCCGCCCACCAUAUCGUUAUCAGAUGGCGAGGAGCCCCCGCCGUAUCAGGGACCCUGCACCCUGCAACUCCGCGACCCUGAGCAGCAGAUGGAGCUCAAUCGUGAGUCGGUGAGGGCCCCGCCCAACCGGACCAUCUAUGACAGUGACUUGAUCGACAUGGGUGGAGGUGGUGGUCUGGGGGGCGUUGGGGGAGGAGGCGGAGGCAUUGGGGGAGGAGGAGGCCCAAGGCCGCCCAGCAGCAACUCGGGCAUCAGUGCAGCCAAUUCCAGCAGCCACGGGCGCAUGGAGGGCCCCCCACCCGCAUACAGCGAGGUGAUGGGCCACUACCCCGGCUCGGCGUUCUUUCUUCACCAGCACAGCAAUAACCAGAGAGUAGGGAGGCCGGGGGGGCCGGGGAGCAGGACGAUCCAGCAGCAGAGCCAAUCAGAAAGCACAAUAGUACCUGCCAAGGCCAAGGACGGCCAACCAGAGGACCUGGUCUGAGGGGAAAAAUGGGGACGGGGCACCAUGGACUGAAACUUGUCUCUCUUGUUGACCCCUGACCUGUAAGCAUCGGUCUCUGUGUUGCUCUGUCACUCUCUGUCUCAUGUGCUCUCUUCACACUCCCAUGCACAAAGAAAUAUCAACAUGAGCUACAACGGAACAAGAAAAGGAGAAACUAAGAUUUCAUUUCAGUUUCUUUGUGAUGUUAGAAUUCAGAAAGCAGGACAUAUGCACUGCGUGGAGACAUUUUCCCUUUGUUCUCAGUCAGAAACACACUGCUAGCACAGGCUGCAACAAGUCUCUCUUCUUUUUCUUGUUCUUUUGCCACCUUGGGCGACUUUUCUGUCCCCAGAAAGUGAGGAGGAUGUUUUUUUUUCUUCUUUUUUUUUUCCAGACCGGGAUCUGUGCACAAAGCGAGAACUGAGAAUCAACGACUUACAGAGAACACAACAAAAACAAGAGACUCACAAACCCAAAUCUUAGUGCCAAGGUUCACGAGGAAGCAAAUGACGGGGGAAAUCGACACGUUCUAACAUUCACAACACAAAAACAAGAAACGUUAUCUAAAAGUUGCACUAUAUUUUUGUUGUAAAGUCAAGAGGGAAAUUAUGUUAUGUAAUGAUGAUGAUUUUAGUUUUUUUCUUCUUUUUUUUCUUUGUUGUCAGUUUUUUGCGAUGGGGAGGUCCUUUUCAUGGAUGGAAUGAUUGACUGAACUCUGGCUCCAAAGUUCUUUAAACAGCUGGGAGCAAAAACAAACGAGAAAAGACAAAAAAUCAAAAAACAGAAAACUAACAAGCUUAUGUCCUUCCUUUGUUUUUCUUUGUCUUUAAAAAACGAAACAAAACAAACACACAAAAAAACGCAAGAAAUACUCGUACCCAGCCUACGACAUCUCUGUUUGCUUACACCAUAGGCACAGUGAAACUUAGUAAGAGAAUAACCUUGUACUGCUUCACGUCUGUGUUCAUUUUGGCCUCAUCUGGGGAAGAAAUCUGCCUCGCGACGAACCACUGGGUGAACAAAACCAUGUUUCACAUACUCUGGUGGUUUAAUAUAAACCAGAGUGGUGUAUAAACUAACGUUGCCAGCCAGCUAGUUGGAUAUCACAUCACACAGGAACAUAUUCAAGUCCAUCAAGCAGCCUGGUCAAAGCAGAUUCUUCUCUUUUUAAAUCUGUCCUGACCUCUGAACACCUGACACUUCUUCUGUCCUCCUCCUUUCAUCCAGCCCCCCCCAUCAAUCCUCUUCCACCUGCACAGUGCAUUCUGCCAAUAUUCUUACCAAACUUGAACCCCUGCCGCCAUGACAACACUAACAAAGGCUCAGCUCUCCAUCUUUAAGCCACAAAAAAUAACACAAAGUGAAGACACCUUGGUGUUAAACAAAAACUGACUAUGGUCAAAGUCAAAGGGCUAUCGGAGGGUCCUUUUUGUAAAAG